AUGUUGAUAUACUAUAUAGUUGCAUACAUCAAAUUCAAUCCUUGUUCAAUAUCUUUUUUAAACCGCAGUAAGAAGCUUGCUGAUGAUACCAGAUUAGACCCAUUGUUGUCUACAGAUACACCACCAUCGUCUGUGAGGAGCGAUAAGACCCUGUUGAUCGUGAACCUGAACAAGCACCACAUUCACUCCAUAUUUCUCUGCACAACAUACGAUUACCUGUCUCCAGAAUACUACGGUAAGUCUGUUACAUUCACUCCCUCAUCGCUGAUGAUGGUAGUCACAUCCACUGCACCGUUUCUUAGCUCUCCAGCCCGCCAAGAGAGUAGUAGGGCUACCGUUUUGUACGGUGGGAUUCAAUUCCCUGGCACGCGUCGCAAUCGCCGAAAUAUUCCCCCCAUUUGCCAUGCGGAAGUAUCCUUCUAGCCAAUUAUUGAGGCACUAUUUAUCACGGGCUUUAUUCUUCUACUGCGGCUAUGCCGACUAUUCAGAGUCUAUGCCACCUCCCAUGACGUACAGUCACCCAAUUGUGCUCUGCAUCGACCACUCUUCACUUCAGCCAGGCCGUUCCAGUCCGGCUCGAAAACCCCUCACUUCAGCUUCUUCAGCCUCCCGCAAUUUAAAAAAUAAUAAAACGUAAUAAUUCUGAGGACCGCUGCUUUCCGAGCGCUGGAGUUAGGGAGACGGGGUGGAGGAUAGGCCCCACCAGUGGACAAUGCGUGAUGCCGUCAUCACCAUUCUUACCAACCGCCUUUCCAAAACACGGCUCCCUUGGCGCCGCAGCCGGCAUAAGAAAUGGUAGAAAUUUUUACAAAAUGCAAGCCACGGCGAGCGAAAAGGGGCCUGAAGAUCACAC